GCUCGAAAGCAUGCAAAUGCGAAGGAACUCCCAAUAUAUCACUCUGGUAUUUCAACCGAAAUCUCACUCACUGUCGUUCAGCCUGAUAGCAGUGUUUUCAAAGAAGACAUUUGUAAGAUAGGGUUCCGGUCAUUAUGCCAAAGAAGACUGAUUUGUAAAUUAAACACGUGAUUAAGUGAGGGGAUACUACAUCCAAAGAAACUACAUUGGAAAAGGAGGCGGACUAGUGCCGUUUUUUGAGCACUACCCAUGGAAUAACCAUGUACACUUUUUAAGAUCAACGAUACACUGUCUUUGUCUUGAUAAAGAGAAUACAACGUACGAAACGAUUACAACGUUACAGAUUUUUUUAUGGACUCUAAGAAACUGUAAAACUGAGAUAAAGUGUUCGCGGUUACUUUUAAUGCGUCGAUUCUGCGCGCCUCCAAAUGGUCACCCUCUCUAAACCCAGGCGUCCUCUGGAUUACCCACUAUCUCCCUUAGCACUGCGGAUACUUCAGACAGAAAUGCUGCCCUGCAUUAUUUUCCUUUGCUUGUUUUUUGCUGCUGCUAGUUCCCAAGACAUUCAGCCCUCCAAGGCAUCUCUGAGCGAAUGCUGCGACUCUUUGUGUACCUGUGAAGAAAAAGAUGGCAUCCUGCAUCUUAACUGUGAGCAGAGAAACAUCAGCAAAAUCUCACAAAUCAAAGUGCAGUCAGAUAUACCCUUCCACCUGAAUCUGUACAAAAAUGAUUUGGUGGAGUUACGUACAGAGGACAUGGAAGGUCUUAAGAAUGCACUGUCACUGCAUCUUGGGGCUAACAGUAUUCAAGAGCUAGAACCAGGAGUAUUUAGUGCGCUUGGCUCACUGAAGAAGCUUCACAUUAAUAGCAAUUUUCUGGUCACCCUGAAAGAAGACACUUUUCAUGGCUUGGUAAAUUUGGAAUUUCUCCAGGCUGACACAAACUCCAUCCAUGUAAUUGAACCCGGGGCAUUCAACAAACUUAUCCGUCUCAAAGUUCUGAUUCUCAACGACAAUACCAUUGAGUUUCUGCCCGCCAACAUCUUCCGGUUUGUACCACUAACCCAUUUGGACCUGCGUGGUAAUCAGAUUCAGACACUGCCAUAUGUGGGGUUCCUGGAGCACAUUGGACGUAUUAUGGAACUCCUUCUUGAAGACAAUGACUGGGUGUGCGACUGUGAGAUCCUCCAUCUGAAGAUUUGGAUGGAGAACAUGAGAGCCCAGUCAGCCAUUGGGGAGGUUAUCUGCAACAGCCCCCACCACCUCAGAGGCACCAUCCUGGCCAAAGUCCGACGUGAUGUGCUCUGUCCAUCCCAUGCUGAUAUCAACUUGGAAGAGCCUUCCAAGUCUCUGGACAUGGUGGUCACGCCGUCUUCCAAAGUGGCUCAGAUUCCAAAGCUGAUGGAUGCCAAGGAUGAUGCCAAGCUCCCAACGCCAGCUCCUACUCCAGAGAGUCCUUGUGUUGAGCAGUGCUCUUGUCAUAAUCACCCUGUGGCUGGGUUUUUGAUGCAUUGUCAGGACAGAGGAAUUCAGAGGAUUUCAGAUAUUGGAAUACUUCAGCAAAGCCCCACCAAGCUUGUCUUGACAGGCAACAUGAUUCAGAGACUGUUGAAAUAUGAUUUUGUCACAUAUGAUAGUUUGGAAUUGCUCAAUUUAGCUAACAACCGCAUUGAUUACAUAGACAAUGAAACUUUUCUCAGCCUAAGCAAUCUGAAAAAACUGUACCUUAAUGGUAACCGGCUUGAAAAACUUUACCCCACCAUGUUUGUUGGGCUCCACAACCUUGAAUACCUGUAUUUGGAAUAUAAUAUCAUCAAAGACAUUGCUCCUGGUGCUUUUAAUGCUUUGCCAAAUCUAAAGCUCUUGUCUUUGAAUAACAAUCAGCUUACUUCACUCCCACUACAAAUAUUCCGCAAUGUACCCCUUACCAAACUGAAUCUGAGGAAAAAUCUGCUUAUGCACUUGCAAGUCAGCAACGUGCUGGACCAGCUUGAGUCUUUAGAACAGAUCUAUUUGGAGGACAACCCAUGGGACUGCAGCUGUGAUUUAGUCAGUCUCAAACAGUGGGUGGAGAAGCUCAGAAAAGACAUAGUUGCAGGCUCCAUUUUGUGUCACACCCCAAGGAAAGUUACCUCAGCCGAUUUGAGAUUGCUGAGACACGAGCUGCUGUGCCCUGGCCUGGUGACGUUUUACUCUUCACGUCCGGAUAUGGACGAGGCAUCAACCACGCUAGGGCCCGACCUGGCUUCGAGAGGCUUCUUCAGCUCCCUCACGGACACUGUUCCGCUCUCUGUCCUCAUCCUCAGCCUGCUUGUACUCUUCCUCGUGGUCAUUUUCUUUUCGGCGGGGAUCGUGGUGUUCAUCGUGCAUCGUCGGCGAAGAAGAGCCAAGAAGAAGCAGGCCGAGGAGCAGCCGCGGGAGAACAGCAGUCCCAUCCACUUGCAUUACAGCAUGUACGGCCAGAAAACCACCCACCACACCUUGACACAGAGGACCGGGGGCACCAUGUAUGAGGAACGCUCACACAGUCCCAUCGUCCAGAUCUGCCGCAACCCUACAUACUGCGCUCAACACAAAGAACACGAGUCGGACCUGGAUUACGACGUGGAAGAACCCUCCAAGCAUGUCUGCCGGAGCAUCAUGGAAAGAGAGAAUAUGUCCCCUCUCACAGGGUCCAAUGUGAAGUUCAGAGCCGUGCCAGGCGAGUGUCCAGCCGACUUUGUCACCCUUGGGGACGCAAACUCGCUCUACAAGAACAUACUAGAGAGGGAGAAAGAGCUACAGCAGCUUGGAAUUACAGAGUACCUCAGGAAAAAUAUGACCCAGCUGCAAUCUGCUGUGGAGAUUCAGGUCCCAGGACACCAAGAGGAGCUGAAAUUAAUGGAGACACUUAUGUACUCAAGACCACGCAAGGUCAUGGUUGAGCAAACUAAAAACGAGUACUUUGAACUCAAAGCUAACUUACACACUGAGCCCGAUUAUUUAGAGGUACUGGAGCAUCAAACUCAAUUUAACUGAAAAAGGACAAGAAAUAAAGGGGUUUAUUUUUAACAUGAUAAGUGCCUUUUCCAAUUGACGUUUUCACACCAUAUGACAAAUAAAACAUAGCAUUAUUGGAUUCACAAGCAGCACAAUUUAUUCGUAGCACAGAAUGUAUACUCAGUCUAUUUUCUUGUUAUUUAUAGACAGCACUUUGUCUGGGUGAUAACAUACUGUGUUGGCCAAAUAUAGAAUUUUGGUAUUUGGAGUAAAACUAUUUUUAGGGUAUGUGUAACGGUUACUCCUUUGACAUUUGGCUGGUCUGGACAUUUUCCAUCAAUUUUGCCAGGCUGAUAUAAUCAUAUGCCAUAGUCAGCAUGCUUCAUGUGCCAUAGAGUCAUAACCAUGCCAAGGUGUAUUUUGGGUACCUAUGGUUCUAGACCUUUUUUGGUGGUGAGUUUUACCAGUUAACCAUAUUAUUAUGUCAAUACUUAUUUUGUAUUCUAACCUGUGGCAGUUGUAAAAAAUGUGUUAUCACCAAUAUGUUUUGAGUAAACUUAGCACUUAAAAGGACGGUAUACAGUAAAAGUAUAUAGUAUUCUUGUUAUGGUAAAAAGAAUCAUUGCACUAAUCAAACGCCAUUUACAAGAUGGUGCAUGACAAUCAACAUAAUGCUGAACAACACUGUUUUAGCGUGUUCCCUUUAUCAAAGGAGCACAGCCACUGAUGUAAGGCCCUUUAUGUUAUCCUCUGUGUGUACAUGUGUGUGCACGCUGACAUCUUUGUGCUUGUGUGUGUCUGAGUUUGUGUAUGUUUUGUCAUUUUGCAAAUCAAAUCUGACCAUAAUGAUAACUGUUCGAAAACAUGCUUUAAAACACAUGGAUUUUGGUAAGUUAGUUGGUGUGAUCACUCUACAACCUUUGUUAAAAUUUAGAUAAUUUAUUCUGUAUAUGAUGUACAUAAUUAUUCACUUAUCUUUGUUUUUGUGUGCCUUUUGUGCUGUACAGGCUAUGAUCCGAUUAUAAUUGAUGAAAUGUAAAUAAAAUUAUGAUAUUGCAAACCUGGUAUUAUUGUACAUGUUUUACCUCAUGUGUUUUAAGUAUUACGUGAUGGUUAGCAUGGUCAUUAAGAUCUUGCAUCAAUAACUCAGUUUUGGUCUAUUUUGGUCAUUUCAGUGCUCUGAAGCAAAUACAAAAUGUCACCAAAUGAGUCAUCAUUGCUUGCAUGACAGAUGUUUGCUAUGCAAACAUCUGUAGAGGGGUUGUCGUGUCUAGGUAUCAUUAUCAGUUAAAUACACUUCAUUAUAUUGAAUGUCUACUGUCAAGGUGCAUACCUUUCACAACUGUGAAACCUAGUAUACUUUUAAGUUAAUCAUAUAUUUUGACUGAUGACCUUUGAGAGUAUGGAGAUGCAAUGUAUAGAGUAUGUAGUUUGUGACAAAUCCACUCUCAACAUUGCCUUCCUGCCAUAGUCACUCAUGUUUCACCCAAGUGGCAUGUCAAGUCUUUCCGG